GUCUGAAAAUAUAAACCCAAGCUCAGUUGUUAGAAGUGAGCCUAGUCCAAGUCUCUCUUGCCCUAGCCAUUUGAGGCCCUUCAUCUUCUAGCACGUGGAACUGCCAAGAUAUUAGUUUUGAUUCAGGGGACGAUUAGAGAAAAGAGAUCGAUUGUCCUCACCACUCUCUGACCGCAAAUGAUUCGCAAACGCUAUCAGGAUGCCAAAGCAGGGUACCAAUUGGCCAAAUCGUUGAACGCCCAGAAGUACUUGAAGAAGAUAGGACUGGGCAAGGAAGACUACUACUUCUGGAAACAAAUAGGCAAGGCUUUGCUAUGCACAUACACUCUUUUCGGCGUAGCGUGGUACUACAACGAGAAAUCACCACUCGGCUGGUGGACGCUGAAGCCUAAGCCCAAGGAAGAGAGAGAGCUGGCGCACCUGUACGAGCGUCGACAGUUCCCCUACCCAGGCGACGAAGAAGCCAUGGAAGAGUUUGUUGCCAAGGGGGGGAUGAUCGGCACGACAAUUGGCCCGAAAGGGUUCGUUGAGACGGACAAAGAUGCGUUUAAUUAUCAGAAGGAGUUGCAGAAUAAGAAGCUGGAUCAGGAAGCUCAGAAGCUGUGGUUGAGGAUGAAGAAUGAGGUCAUUCAGGAGCUUCAAGAGAAGGGCUACGUAGGUGACGCUGAGUGAGUGUAAGUUAGGAUGGGAAGCUCUUGAGUGCAAAUUGUAUGGUUAUGCGAAGAGUUCAUGUGUUUGUGUGCAAAAGCUUGUUCCUUUCGUUUCAUAUUUUUACUUUAAAAAUACAAUUAUCAAAAGUAUUAGUAUCUAUCUUAAUUCCCAGUUCCUACAUUGCCUUUGUUGAAAAGAUGGCAA